GCUACAAAACUUAGUCUAACUUUAGAAAAUGCUUAUAGCAAAAGUCUUAAUAUUUAGGUUCAGAUAUAUCAGUUCAGCAAGCAACAAGUCCUCCUAUAUAAUCUAACAUAUUGAAAUAUAGAAAUGUAAAGUACUAGAUGUGCCCAACAAUUUGCCGCAAGAUUUUUUUUUAGACCAGAUAUGGUCGGUUGAAUUCGGUACAUUCCGUAAUGGUCCGUAUAAAACAUGUCGCUUUAUGACGUUUACAUUACUUCCGGUUGCUACAUAGUCUGGUUUAUCGUCUUAACAGUAGAGUGUGGUUUGGAUGCUGUACACUUCCCACAGAUGUAGGUUAGUGAGUAUAAAACUCACUACCAACUACUACUACUAUUUCACAUCAUCAGAAAAAAAAAAAGAGAGAAAGAAAGUUAAUUGAUGAAUAGACAAGGCGGGUGAAUGUGCGCCUCUUCUCAUCCGAGUUUACCGACCAAUGACCAUCAUCAAGUUUCAUUGAUUCUACAUGAAAACUUCAAUCAAUCCAUUUGUUUGUGUUUUUGUAGCAGAGGCAAGAGAUCGUGCCUCGUCACUGGAACAAAUUCCCAGAUUUAGAAAGCAGAAGCUGCUGUGAAAUGUAACUUCUCUCUUUCUAACUUUCGCUCCAUCCCUACUUCUCGGCCUCUCUUCUCUCUCUCCUGUUCCACCCAUCUCUCUCUCACCCUCUCUAAUCCAACUCCUAUCUCUCUACUCCUCUCUAGUUCCAUCUUUCUCUCUCUCUCUCUGUUCCAUCCUUACUUCUCUCUCUCUCUCCCUCUCCUGCUUAACCAAAAUUUAUCUGACAAGAUGUGUAUAGUGUUGUAAUACUAUAUUUAUGAUAGUAUAUAUAGACAGUUCCUAUAUACACAAAUUCACCGAAUUUUGGCUACAAGGUUUCUUUUCUACAUUUACAAAACUGUCCAAAGAAAAAUUUUAUCUGGAAACAACAUAAGGUCACUGCCUGGAAUCGAACUCGGGAUCUUGGGAUUAGUAGUCCAUGCUCUUAACCACUACGCCAUAUGCAUAAUGGUUUGAAAUUUCCCCAAGACACCUGAUGAAGGCUGGAGGGUAUAUCAGCCAAAACGUUGUGUUAACAACAAACAAGAUGAGGAGAAAUAUCCAUCAAAUGUAAGAUGAUAAACAUUACUACUGCUGCUGCUGCUGCUGCUACCACUGUUGAUGCCCCUCUAAGGCUGAAGUAUGGAUGAAAUAGCAACACCAGUAAUUACCUGAAGGAGAAGGGUGUGUGUGUGUGUGUGUAUAUGUGUGUGUGUGUAUAUAUAUAUAUCCAUAUGUAUAUACACACACACACAUAUGUAAACACACACACACACACAAACACACUUAUUCAUGCACACAAUGCAUUUAUAUAUAUUUAUAUAUAUAUAUAACUGAAUUAGAUUUUAAAAAAACGAAAAAGAAAGAAAAACCUUGUCUGUUGAAGAGAAAACAAGAAUCCAUUUUGUAUCUGUGAUUCCUCAUUUUCGUAUUAAAAAAAACACAUAAAACAAAUCAAAACAUAGAAUAUUAAAAAAAAAAAAACAUAAACAAAAUUCCACAAAAUGGCUUCAGCUGAUACUCAGAAGCUGAACAACAGGCGACGGCGUGACCAUCCCCGCCGAGAAACGCUGCCAGGUGGAACUGUAUCGCGUACACACACACGCCAACUGGAUUUUUACCAGGCUAUGUCAGACUUCAAGCAUAUGUUUCCCAGCAUGGAAGAAGAUGUAAUAGAGGCCAUUUUGAGAGCCAAUGAUGGUGCUGUUGAUGCAACCAUCGAUCAGUUGCUCACGAUGAGUGUGGAUACUGAUGACAUAUCAUGUGUAAGGAAACACACUCCAUUGUCGAAGGUGCCUGCCGCCAGUCUAAAGCCAGAAAACUCUCUGGUCAGAAGAACAGGAAAAAAAGACAGACAGAAAGUGAAACGUCACACAAUCUCUGGUCUUUCACCAAACAGCACAAAAAUCCAAGAUUCACCUCCUUCAUAUUCAGAAGCCAUGCGGCUGCAACAUUCUUCGCCAUUAGCUGGUUCCCACGGAGCAACGUUACCAAUGACGUGGCGUCACUCUUCACUCCAGCAGCUGCCUCCUACCCCACCAAGGGGCCCUCAUAAACGUAGCUUAUCAGCCUGUGGCAAUUUACUUGAUAUAGAUCUACCCAAUCUCUCUCUUAGCCCAAAUCUCUCAUUGCCGUCGUCCAAUACAAUUCCUAAAACAUUUUAUGGACAUCCUAAUAAACCUAUUUCGACUCCUUCUGGAAGAGUCUAUCGCAAUUGGAACCCACCCAUGCUAGGGACUUUACCAGAUGACUUUCUCCGCUUGAACUUACCGAUUAGACUCCAAAGAAACAGCACACCUCCACCCCCUCCACCACCACUUUCACACAAACAUUCAUCUCCCACAAGAAGUCUCGAUGCUAAUUUGAAUUCAACUCCACAAAGAAAAAGUUACAGACCAUCAAAGACAAUGAUUAUUUCAACUCAUGAAUUUAGCAAAAGUAUGUUGGAGCAGAAACUGAAGGAAAAUGAACGGAGACGGCGUUCAACUAGUCAGGAUAUUGACCCCGAACUUACUCAGUACUUGGCCGAUGAACACUUAGCUAUUGUGAUACAGAACAGUGAAUUUCUUCAAGAGUUGCGAGGAAACGAAGAUUUUAUGAAAACUCUUGAGAAAGAUCGAAUGAAUGCAGCUGCUUUUGAACCAUCUGCUCUAUCUCAGCCGUCACCGACUGGACCAAAAGAAAGUGAUAUUGAGGGCUACGGUCAUGAUAAUCAAGAGACCUUGGAAGCUUUCCCGUUUAGUCAACCACUCCCCUCCUCUGUUGACGAGGAUGCAGAAUUACGAAGCCAAUUAAAGCACAUGGGACGUGCUUCCAGAAAACAGUUUGUAACUCUAGCAAGGAAAUUCUUCUCAAGACGGAAAAAGAAAUCUUCUCGAGACAUCCUUGGAGAAAAAAUUGCUCCAUCAAUGACUAAUCUUUUGGAAGACGAAGAGCAACCAGAAGACGACCUCCCUGCAGCUUUUCUCGAAGACAGACCAGUUUUUGAACCAUUGCCGGACACACUGCCUAUGAACAGAACAAAUCAACGCUUCUCACAAGCAAUGUCAAACCAUACGGUCAACAGACGUUCUGAUAUUGUCUGAAAACGAGUUCUUUGCAUAAAAAAUACUCCAGAUAAAAAAAAAUUUUUUUAAAACAAAAUGUACUCUGACUUUUAAAAAAAUAAGCCAUCUUAGGGCAAUUGAUAAAAAAACUUUUACAUAAUAAUGUUCUUGAUUCAUUGAGAUUACAAUUGACAUUCAACUGGGUGUGCAAUCACAUACAUACACACACACACACAAAUAUCUGCUUUUCUGCCGACAUAUAUUUUUAAUAUAAAAUGCGUGUUUAUAAGUUUUAAGAGUACAUAUGUACAUGAGUGCGAGUGAAAUCGGUGUGCAUUAAUGGUCACAAUUUUACAACUUCCCUGCAGUAACACACACACACACACACACACAUGUGCAUUUGUUUAUUUGCAUUAGAUUGCAUAUAUUAUAUAUCUCCAUCAUAGGACAAGCAUAUCCUAUGCAAAUCAUAUGGUUGUUAACUGAGAAACUGUAAAAAAAGGAAAAAAAAACCUAAAUGAAUGCAAAGUAAACAUUUCUUCACUGUAUCGAAGAGGUGGGCAUGUUUAUUUGAUUGCCUCUAAUCCUUCCUCUGUUCUUCAGAAGAUCAUCAAUUAGAAAUGAAAUUUGCUGAUUAGGCAUUAUUUUUAUUUUCAUAUGUAAACAAAAAUACUCUUUAUUGGUUCAUACACUCCCAUUUUAAAACAGUUAUACAUA